ACGUGAUCUCAUGACGUCAUGCCCUCAAAGAAGCCUAUACAUUCUAGGCUUUACGCAAGCACUUCCUUUCGCUCGGCAGCAGGGCUUGAGGCAACAUGAAGGCGUCCGGCGCUUUGAGGGAGUACAAGGUAAUUGGGCGCAGUUUGCCUACAGCUAAGAAACCUGCACCACCUCUCUAUCGUAUGAGAAUCUUCGCACCCAACCAUAUUGUGGCAAAGUCCCGAUUCUGGUACUUUGUGUCUCAACUGAAGAAGAUGAAGAAGGCGUCUGGAGAGAUUGUGUACUGUGGACAAGUCUUUGAGAAAUCUCCUCUAAAGGUGAAGAACUUUGGUAUAUGGCUGCGGUAUGAUUCUCGUAGUGGAACACACAACAUGUACAGAGAGUACAGAGACUUGACUACAGCUAGUGCAGUGACCCAGUGCUACCGUGAUAUGGGUGCACGCCAUCGUGCUCGUGCCCACUCCAUUCAGAUUAUGAAAGUUGAGGUGAUUCCAGCCAAUAAGUGUCGCAGACCAGCAAUCAAGCAGUUCCACGACUCCAAGAUCAAGUUCCCUCUGCCACACAGAGUUCUGCGUCGCCAGCACAAGCCUCGCUUCACCACCAAGAGACCAAACACCUUCUUCUAAGCAAGGCACUAUUGUUCUGUGGUCAAAUAAAGUUCUUAUUUGGAAGUUU